GAUAAAGCUCAAAAGAAACAAACAUUUGCUUGCAUAUGCCGUUUUUAAUUACGCGAUCUGGUAGAGACGGAACCAGAAAUGGCGUCUGCCGUGAGAUUGAUUUUCUUCGUCUUGCUUUUCCGUCUUGAACUUGUCGUCACAUCCGCCGGCACAGAGACGAUGACGACGGCGGCACCACUCGCUCCACCAUCCUCGCCGUCAACGCUUCCUCUCGCAGACAUCUUCUCCAAGCUCGGAUUCCAAGAACUUGCCGCAGUCACCGCCGCGGCCAACCUCUCCUCCAUGGACGCCGCCGCCGCCUCAAUCACCGUUUUCGCCCCCAAAGAUUCCUCCUUCCUCACCUGUCCCCUCUGCUCCCUUCCCCUGCUUCUUCUAGAACAUUCCUCGCCGGGCCUCUACACAUUCCGCCAAUUGCGGAAUUGGGCAUUCGGAACCAAGAUUUCUACUCUGGCCCCGAACCGCUGCCUCACGGUCACGUCCACCGCCGGAAUCUCCACCGCACUUCCCACCAAGAAAGUCUUCAUCAACGGGGCUGAAAUUUCCGAGCCGGAUCUCUUCAACGACGGCCGCGUCAUCGUUCACGGCCUCCGGGGGCUCGUCUCUCACCUGUCUCCCCUGUCUUGCGACAUCGAGCGGCAGAGCACUCUGGCAUUCUUGCCCCAGCCGGCGGCGGGGGCGAUCUUUGCGAACCGCCUGGUCCUGAAAGAAGCCAUGAUGCGGCUCCGCACAACCGGGUACAGCAUAGUUGCUCUGGGCAUGCGGGUCAGGUACCCGGAGCUCUCCGAGCUCAAGAACAUGACGAUUUUCGCCGUGGACGACGAUUCCAUCUUCGCCGGCGGCGCGGGGCGGUCCUACAUCGCCGAUCUAGGGUUCCACAUUGUGCCGAACAGGCUUCUGACGGCCUCCGACCUGAUCACCCUGCCUCAGGGGACUGUACUGCCGACCCUGGAACGCGAGCGGAGACUGGUGGUGACCGAUGCCGGCGACGGCGGCGUUUUAAAGCCGUUGAUGAUCAAUUUCGUGAAGAUCCGGAGGCUUGAUGCGGUGCUUAACGGCCGGGUUGCGGUUCAUGGAUUGUCAAGGCCCUUUCCGCGCAUCGAUCCACAUCCGACGGCGUAGUGGAAUUUCAUCAGGAAGGUAUGGAGGGUCAAAAACACCUCCACGUGUCACGUUAACAAGGCUUGAUGGUGUGUAGGAACUGACUAGGGAGGGACUAAAUUGGAAUUGUAAGCAGCUUCUUACUGUUUCUUGCCAUAGUUUGACUUCCACUUGCUAUUUGUGUUGUGCAUGAGCUUUUAUGCUUUGUGAAUGGAAAUGAU